ACAUUCUGCUUUGAAAUCCUUUUAACCUGUCCUUUUAUCUUUACAACUUAAUUUCAGACCUCAAGGGAAUAAAAAUUUUCAUUUAAUUCAGGAAUCACAGACAUGAUUCACUGUUAGUGACAAUUGUUCAUAGUUAACAUCAUCUCAUUAUUAACAUUCAGAAAUGACAUCGUUUUUGAAAGAUUUCUGUCUGUUUCAGUAAUUAAAUUUUUUUUUUCGUUCAAAUUUUAUUUAUAGUGUGCAUAUCUACGAUUUUUUCAUUAAUAUGCUUUCUCAUUGGAUAAUUUUCGUAUUAUGUACAGUAACGUCGGGUAAAUUGAUUUCCGAUCAUUCAGACUUGAAGUUGAUACUUGUACAAAUGCUUUAUCGCCACGGGGAUCGAGCUCCCCUUUCACUUUAUCCAAAAGAUCCGAAUCCAGAAAGCUUAUGGCCAGAAGGUUUGGGAUCAUUAACUCUGCUUGGUAAAAGACAGCAUUACAAUUUAGGGAAGUAUUUUCGUGACUUUUACAAAGAUUUCAAAACAUCCAGUCCAUUAGAGGUUAAUGUCACAAGCGCAGACGAUGAGCGGUGUCUCAAAAGUGCAGAGGCUAACCUAGCAUCAUUUUACGCUCCUCGUAAACCUUGGAAGUUUGAUGAAAAUUUUGACUGGCAACCAAUAUCAAUUCGAUAUCUUCCUAAAAAUAUAGAUAAGUAUUUACAAACAGAAAGUGAUUGUCCUAGAGCUGCCGAGGAAGAGUUAAGAGUUGCAAAUACACCAGAAGCAAAUGAAUUCAAUGCAAAACACCAGGAAAUGUAUGAUUACUUAGAAAAAUACAGUGGAAAACCGAUCACGGGUUGGAAACCAGCUGCUUUUCUACGAGAUAAUAUUUGGGUUGAAAUGCGAUAUAACCUUACUGUUCCUACCUGGGUUGAACCCUAUUGGAAUGAACUGACAGAAGUCAAAGAUUUAACCUUUUUUUGGAUUCUUAAUUCUCAACUUCUUCAACGUCUAAGAGCCGGUCCUCUCCUUCAAAAUAUGAUUAAAACAAUGGAAGACAAAAUUGAAGGUAUAAUUCCAAAUCUGAAGUUUCAAAUAUUUUCAUCGCACGACACAAAUUUAGCCGCCCUCUUGAUGUCUUUAAAACUUUUUGACCUGAAACAGCCCCCUUACUGUGCAACUGUUUUCAUUGAGCUUUACAGUGGCAUGAAUGAUACAUAUUUUGUUCGAUUGCUUUACUUGAACUCCACAGAUGUUGAAAAGAUUUCCCAAACACCUCAUAUUCUGCAACUUGAGGGAUGCAGUGAAUUUUGCCCUUUGAAGUACUUCACGGAAUAUACGAAGCAUCUUAUACCUGAUGAUUGGGAAAAAGAAUGUCAGUUGCCAGAAUCCAAUUCUCAAAAGUUUGAAAAAGAAGAAAUAAGAUUGGGAGUAGUUUUCCUUGCUAUUGUUUUCAUAAUAGUUACGGUAAGCUUUGCAGCGGCUGUUUCGAAAAUGUACUCCAACAACAGAAAGAAAAAUGCUUUUCUCAUAUCUAUACCAAACUCUUGAAAAACUGAUGUUGAAAAUUGUUAAACACACUUUUAACCUUGGCUGAAAAUUGUUAAAUUCAUUGUUUCAUUAAUGCUCAUUUU